GAAACAAGAAACAAGAAACAAGAAACAAGAAACAAGAAACAAGAAACAAGAAACAAGAAACAAGAAACAAGAAACAAGAAACAAGAAACAAGAAACAAGAAACAAGAAACAAGAAACAAGAAACAAGAAACAAGAAACAACAAACAAGAAACAAGAAACAAGAAACAAGAAACAAGAAACAAGAAACAACAAACAAGAAACAAGAAACAAGAAACAAGAAACAAGAAACAAGAAACAAGAAACAAGAAAAAAGAAACAAGAAACAAGAAACAAGAAACAAGAAACAAGAAACAACAAACAAGAAACAAGAAACAAGAAACAACAAACAAGAAACAAGAAACAAGAAACAAGAAACAAGAAACAAGAAACAAGAAACAAGAAACAAGAAACAACAAACAAGAAACAAGAAACAAGAAACAAGAAACAACAAACAAGAAACAAGAAACAAGAAACAAGAAACAAGAAACAAGAAACAAGAAACAAGAAACAAGAAACAAGAAACAAGAAACAAGAAACAAGAAACAAGAAACAAGAAACAAGAAACAAGAAACAAGAAACAAGAAACAAGAAACAAGAAACAAGAAACAACAAACAACAAACAAGAAACAAGAAACAAGAAACAAGAAACAAGAAACAAGAAACAAGAAACAAGAAACAAGAAACAAGAAACAAGAAACAAGAAACAACAAACAAGAAACAAGAAACAAGAAACAAGAAACAAGAAACAAGAAACAAGAAACAAGAAAAAAGAAACAAGAAACAAGAAACAAGAAACAAGAAACAAGAAACAAGAAACAAGAAACAAGAAACAAGAAACAAGAAACAAGAAACAAGAAACAAGAAACAAGAAACAAGAAACAAGAAACAAGAAACAAGAAACAAGAACGACAAGAACGACAAGAACGACAAGAACGACAAGAACGACAAGAACGACAAGAACGACAAGAACGACAAGAACGACAAGAACGACAAGAACGACAAGAACGACAAGAACGACAAGAACGACAAGAACGACAAGAACGACAAGAACGACAAGAACGACAAGAACGACAAGAACGACAAGAACGACAAGAACGACAAGAACGACAAGAACGACAAGAACGACAAGAACGACAAGAACGACAAGAACGACAAGAACGACAAGAACGACAAGAACGACAAGAACAUUUAACCACGAUUGCAUGCGCGGACAGUGAACGACAAGAGGAAGGGCGUUUCCCAGGGGAAAAAGUGUGCACGCGAUUUCCCUGCUCUUCUGCCUGUUCCGCCAGCUGGUUCAGCGCGGUUAAAAAGCAGUCUGACAGGCUGGCCCUCGUCCAUUCCGGCGACAUGGCCGGCCCACCUGAGCUGAUGUGA